AUGUCACCACUAAAAAUGCUCAUCAUCCUUCUAGUGCAGGGAUCAGCCCUGGGGGUGAAUCUUACCUGCUCCAGGAGUGAUGUAACCAGUGGAUCUGACCAACCUCCACAUUACAUUGGAGCGGUGGCAGCAGAUUCUGCAACAUGUUCAGAAAUUGGCUGUAAUAUUCUGGCAAAGGGUGGGUCUGCUGUGGAUGCUGCUAUUGCCACUCUGCUGUGUACCCCACUGGUCCACCCACAGAGUAUGGGCCUGGGUGGAGGUUCUGUUUUUACUGUGCUAGAUAAAGAUGACCGUGUCAAAGUCUUCAAUGCGAAAGAAACCGUCCCCAGGAUACUAGACAAGGACCUUCUAAAGUACUGUGACAAGAAACCCUCACCCAUUCAGGAAGCUGCCAGGUGGAUUGGUGUUCCUGGGGAGCUGCGGGCUUAUGAGAGGUUGCACGAUCAGUAUGGAAAACUACAAUGGAAAGAAUUAUUUGAACCUGUCAUCAGCCUCGCUGAAGAGGGUGGAAAGUUAAUGUUAGAAGACCUGAGAGGCUAUAGAGUGGAGAAAAGUGAAGCAUGGAUGGUACCAUUUGGAGAGUAUGAAAUGUUCUUCCCUCCUCCACCUGCAGGAGGCGCUCUUGUCAGCUUUAUCCUCAACGUCAUGGAAGGGAAGGAGAUCAAUCUUCAUCAUGAUCCUUUGUUUUACAACCAAUCAUCAUCACUGAAUCAUCCAGGCACUUCCCAUGUAUCUGUCAUAGCACAGGAUGGCACUGCUGUGUCUGUCACCAGUUCUAUCAAUGAACCCUUUGGUUCCAUGAUAUAUUCCCCUAAAACAGGCAUCAUCCUCAACAAUCAACUACAAGAUUUCUGUCAUAACGGCAAAGAACAGAAACUUUCUCCUGGAGAAAGACCUCCCUCCUCAAUGACCCCUGCGAUCCUUAAGUCCAAGAGCAAAACCCCCAAAAAAAUUCUAGUUAUUGGAGGUUCUGGAGGGACUAAGAUCACCCCAGCGGUGACCCUGUCACUCAUCAACCACUUGUGGCUUGGCAUGAACCUGGAAAAGGCCAUCUCUGCCCCAGUCCUGUGGUUAGGGUCCAACAACUCACUGAAUGUUGAGGAAGGUUUUAAUCUGACUGUUAUAGAGGAGUUGAAAACUCUUAACCAUAGUAUUAGUGAUGAAGAGAUAACCUUCUACAACACGGUCAAUGCUAUUCUGAAGGAGGGCUAA